GGUAUUUCAUCUGGAACUUUAUUUUCUUUUCUAUCAGAAACUUGCAGUAUGGAGAUAGAAGUUGCCUUGCUUGCCUUAUCUGAAUAGGCAGAUCUUGAGCAAAGGAAAUUCCCCUAUUAUUCCAGUUCAGCUGUUAUGAUGUCUGAAGCCUGUGAAAGGCAGUGGUCCAUUGUGAAUGGCCGCUAUAUGAGAGGUGUACAGCAUCGGACUGACUUAGAGUAUCAGAUUCAGCUGCGCCGACAAGAGAAGGAAAGAGAAGAACUGGAGGAAAAACGUGAACAGUGUGCCAGGCAAAGGUCAAAACCAGUGAAGACACCUUCCAUAUACUCUAUGAGAACAUAUGAUAGACCAUGGGCUGUAGGCAUGGCAGCUAACAGAAAGGUAUCAGCCACCUGCAAGGGACACCUGAACAGUACUGCAUCAUCAUCAUCAUCAUUAUCACAGAGGAAUAAAACAGUGUCUCAGCUUCCCCUAAUAGUGAGGCAUUCAAAUACUGAGAGGCGGAAAGUUGCAGUACCCAUAAAGAAGCAAGAAAGAAAUGGUGUUUGCCUCAACCUUGUAAGCACAGCAACACAGAGGCACAAUUUACCAAAAAGGAACAGCAUGACUCAUAGGAGAGUCUCUAAGAGCUCUGAAAAUCUGACGACUGUUGCUGCAGUUGGCACACGUUCUCACAUUCAACCAGAGGAGAUUGCCUUGCAAUCAGAUGUUCCACAACAAAAAGGGAAACAACCUUUGAAACAAAAAAGAAACCCAUCUACCCAGCCAUCAAAAUAUCCAUCUCUUUCUUGUCAGAUGUCUCCAGAAAAGCUACAUAUGGGGUGUUCAGAAGGAGCUGGUCAUGGGGAAUCUGAAGGCUGUGUGCAGCAAAAUAUUUUAAAAAAGAGCUCGAGUGACCAAAGAAGCUCAUCUCAUUCCCCCAAGCUGGAUCUUGGUCACAAAGAGUCAGUACAAGGAGAAACAAACAGAAACAGCCAUGUGCAGACAAAUCUAUAUUCGCCAGCAUUGGCUUCCUCUUCUUCUUCCUUUCCUUCUACAUUUCAGGGAGCUGUAGGCCCUGUUUCACCUGCUGGCCUGACGAGUUCCUAUCUUUCUCCUCACCAUAUUCAGCUCUCAACAGCUGCUUCCUUUCGAUAUAGGGAUGAGGAUUUUUACAGCAGCUUGGACAGUGACUUUUCUGAAGCACUUGACACCGAUGAAGGUGUUGCAGAUAACUAUGACACUUCAGAGGAUGAUCAAUUGUAUUGCAGUAGACAACUGUCUCCUGCCUCCUUAAGCCAAGGUAGCACACAAAGCAGUCCAUCGUUCUCAUCCAUGAGCUGCAGCCCUGACGAAAUUAGUUGGCAUGCAUUGCCUAGAUCAGUAGAAGAAGAAACUUCUACCCUUGGUGCUUCCAGAACUCUAAGUAUGCUUAGCUCACCUUUAGGACACUCUCUUUUAGAACGACGAAGAAACAUAUCUAGUUUCCCCAGAAACCAAAGAAGAAAUUGUGAUUUUCUGAGAAAUCCUGCAACUGACAUGGAAAAUAAUGAAUACAUCGAAUACAGAAACCUAUUACUUAGUCCAAGAAGACUCACAGUCCCAAACAGUGAAGACGGUGACUUUAUUGUUGAUAACCUAAAUAAUAAUCAAACUAAUGAGAGUGAAGUGAGAAGCACUGUCAGCCAUGAAAGAGAUUCUCAUCAUGGCUAUUUUGAUUACACGGCUGUUAGACUUACAGGCCUGAGAGCUGAACAUAUGAGUCCACGACCAUUCUCAGAAACUGUUGGUAAUACUCCAAGAAAUAGCGGUCCAUUAUCUAGUCCCCUCCAGUCUUCCUAUUUACCCUUAGACAUAAAUAGAAUCUCAAGAUUUGGCCUGCCACUUAGGCCUCUCUCACCAAUAGGAAACCGGAAUGUGUGCAGCAUCUCUGAAGAUCAGGAGCCUUCGUUAGGUGAGGACACUGUACCUGAGUGCAGCAUUGCCCCAUCAGGAAGUAGUGGAAGUGAUCCUUCCAGAACCUUCCCAGUAGAUAAUUUUGAAGUGGAUAAUGACUUGGCAACUUUGCAGCCAAAUUCCAUUGCCCACCUUGAAAUGCCUGGUACCUUGAGAGAUCGUUUGCCUCUUGCUUUGCUUGCCAUGUCUGAGUUAAGAAGCCAGGCCAGCAUUUUGGAGGGACUUGCUUCACUUAGCAGAGAACCCAUAAGGGAGGAAAACAGACCAGCAGCAGACCCUGAGAAACUGAAGAGGAUACAGGAGAGCCUUCUGCAGGAAGACUCAGAAGAAGAAGGUGACCUGUGUCGCAUUUGUCACACAGCUGGGGGUACUGUGACCAAUCCAUUACUAGAACCAUGCAAGUGUGUUGGCAGUCUGCAGUUUGUCCACCAGGAGUGUCUCAAACGAUGGCUACAAGCCAAAAUAACAUCAGGUGCUGAACUGUCUGCGGUGCAAACUUGUGAACUGUGUAAACAAGACCUAAAGUUAGACUUCGAUGAUUUUGAUGUCGAUGAGUUUUACAGAAAGAACAGGCCAACUCAGACACAGGAAGAACUGGUGAAUUCGGGUCUCUACUUGGUACUGCUUCUUCACCUGUAUGAACAGAGGUUUGCUGAACUCAUGCGAAUAACACGUAGAAGAGCCACCAGAUAUCGGCUGUCAAGAAAUGAUCGGCACCCAGUAGCAGAUGAGGAUGACAGUUCAGACUCUGAAGAUAAUGAAAACAGUGCGGACAAAGGUCCUGACUCAGUUUUUGAGGAUGCAACAUUGUGACUCUAAAAAUCAGUGAAAGAAAUUUACUUCAUGGCCUUGAACCAUCAUUCCAUCUGGAUUUUUAUACAGACACUUUUUAAUCACAUUUAUUAAACAUUUUUAUUUUUAUUUCCUUAGCUCUGAUUAUGUUUACUGACACUUGUUAUAUUGUCAAAGAUUAUCAAAGAGUACAAACCAGGCUGGAUUUUUCAGCCAAAUUAGUUCUUGGCACCACAGUUAAACAUUCACCGGACUGGUUGGCAUUGUUUAGUAGGCUUAUGUUCUAAGGAGGGAAGUGUCAUAUCAUCAGCAAAGCAUUCUGAAUAAAUUGUUUAAUAAGAACAGCUCUACUUAGCCAUUCCAUAAUUUUAUCAGUCACCUGGACUUCUUCACUGAAACAUCCUUAAGAGCACAUUCACUGAACUUUAUCUUUUCUGAAUUCCAGUCGUCUUUCAUGUUAAUAUUAUUUGAAGUAGCCAAAAUGACAAAUGGCAUUAAUCGCAUAAGAUUAGAAAAGUUAUUUUUUUCAUUGACUUUCUCAGGUUUUGCACAUGUAGAUGCAGAUACAGCACUGUUUCAACAUCUGCAUAAUCAAUGAAAGCAGGGAACGGAAUGUAAAUAUACUUUAAAAGACUAAAAAUUGUAUGAUUUAUAAAUUUACAAUAUUUUUGAUUAUGCUAACUGUACUGAUACUCUCAGAACUUCACUUUAUAAACAGUAAGAUUCUGGUUACAACCAGGACAUAUGCAAAAAAGGGAAUUUGAAGCAACAGGGAUUUGUUUUGAUAUUAUACAGAAAUCAGAGCUGUUUAAUCAUUUUCAAGCUAUCUCUUUAGUGGGCAUCAAUAAAAAAUAAUGCCUGUUUUCUUUUUAGCAAUUUCUUAACAAGGUUUGCAUUUUUAUAAAAAAAUAAUUUGUAAGAAAGGCUCUGUUUGCCUAAUACAUGGCCUGUGUGGAUCUGAUUAAGACUUGUCAGUUCUGCUGAUUUUUAUACUCUGUAAUAUUGCCUUAUUGCUUUUGCUUUAAUUGGCAUUGCAUUCAGCUGGGUAAAAUCAACGUUUUUUGCCUUUUAGUCAUGACUUUGCACUGUUCUGCUUUUGUGUCUUGGCAUACCCAGUGUCAUGUACAGACUAUCAUGUAAUGCCACAGAGAAUGGAAGAUUGGUCUGAAAUAUGCUCUGCUUUGUAUGAAACAUUAAUUAAAAAGAUUGUCAACCAUU